CUGGACCUCCAUUGUGAAGAGCUCUCUAAAAAUGGAGAGGAUUGAUGCAAGAAUGGUGAAGAAAGACAAAGGACUCACAGAAAACAUUGGGCUUCCCCUGCAUCUGCUUGAAAAACAUAACCCUUGGCCAGCCUAUGUCACAUAUACCUCCCCAAUGGUGAAAAGACUGAUUGAGAAAGGCAAAGCUAGAGAGGUGGAAUGCACGCAACCUCCGGAGGAAAGCCGACGGACAUCGAGGCAGAACAAGUCUUUCAGCGUCAUCCAGCUGAAAAGGAAAAAGUCAUCCAAGUCCUCUGGCGACACGGUGUUCAAGGACACGAGAUCAGAGAACAUGUUAUCGGUGUGGGGCACUUACUCUGCAUCGGCCAUGGGGCCCACCGUUAUCCCAAAACCCACCCACUUUCGUAUGGACUCCAGAGACAGUCCCACUGCAAACUAUAACAAGAUCAUCUUCGCUCGAAAACCUAUGAUGAGGAUGCUUCCGUACAGCUCACUCCUGGCCAGCAAGGAGAAACGUCCGAAUGUUUAG